AUGGGUAGAUUAGUUGGUUUAGAGCUAGAAAACUUUAAAUCUUACAGAGGGACGUCUUCUAUUGGAUUUGGGACCUCGUUUUUCACAUCGAUUAUAGGUCCCAAUGGAGCAGGUAAAUCAAAUAUGAUGGAUGCUAUUUCGUUUGUUUUAGGUGUGAAGUCUUCUCAUUUAAGAUCUCAUAAUUUGAAAGACUUAAUAUAUCGUGGGCGUCGUACUAAUGUCAAUGCGUUAGACAGUACUUUGGAGGAAAUAUCUCCAGAUCCUACUAGAGCGUCUGUUAUGGCUAUUUACGAGAAGGAUAACGGAGAAAUAUUGAAUUUAAAGAGAAUUAUAACCAGUACUGGAAGCAGCGAAUAUAAGAUAAAUGAUAAGAGUGUGACGGCUUUACAGUACUCCUUGGUGUUGAAAAAUGAAAAUAUUUUAAUCAAGGCCAGAAAUUUUUUGGUCUUCCAAGGUGAUGUAGAACAAAUAGCAUCACAGUCACCUAAGGAUUUGACAAAAUUAAUUGAAACCAUUAGUGGAGCUAUUGAAUAUCAACAUGAGUAUGAGAAAUUAAAAGAUGAGCUGGAGAAAGCACAUGAAUCAUCAAAUGUAGUCUUUUCGAGGAAGAGGACCUUGAAUUCCGAGUCUAAGCAAUAUAAGGAGCAAUUAAUAGAACAAGAAACAUUUGAGAAAAAGCUUAUUGAUAAGAAUAACUUAAUCAAAAUGAUCAACUUGUACAAGAUAUACCAUAACGAGAAAAAGCACUUCCAAUUACAUGAUGAAUUGAAAAGUAAAAAUGAAGAAUUAAACCUUUUAAAGCAGAAGUUAAAAACUGAAGAAAAAUCGUACAAAAGUAUGAUGACAGAUUAUUCGAAAAAACUGUUGAAUGUAAAGAGUCAUACCAAGAAGGUAUCUGAUUUUGUUCGCAAUAUUGAAUCUGAAAAGCGAAACUUAAUUCCUGUUAAUGCAAACAAAAAAUCAUUGGUUACUAAGAUUAAUGCUAGCAAUAAUAAAAUAAAAGAUCUUAAAAAUGAUGUUAAAAAGCAGCAAAAACAGGUUUUAUCAAUUGAAAACCAAUUAAGAGAUGCGAAGAAGAUGUUUAAUGAAUUCCAGGAGAAAGUGGCUGCUUCUAGUUCAUCCUCAGUUUCUCCAGAGAGCCAAAAAGAAUAUGAUGACUUAAGAGCCAAAUUUUUGGCCAACGGAGGCUCACAAUUAGAAGAAGACUUAAGCCUUUUGUUGAAUGAAAAGGAUUCGAUCGAUUCGAUGAUCACUAAUUAUAGUAAUCAGAAGCAAAAUUCAAAUUAUAGAAUAUCUGAUUUAGAAAGCAUUAUACAAUCAGAACUCAAAACGAAGCUAGGAGAAACAUCUAGUGAAAUUAAUGACAUACUUAGUCUCAAAUCAGAGAAAGUUGAGUAUAAAAAUAGCCUUAUAAAGAAAAAGGAGCAAUUUAAUUAUCAAGAAUUAGAAUUAAAUUCAAAAUUGCGUGAUAUAUUAGUUAAACUUGAUGAGCUAGCAUCCCAGCAACGAGAAUCUAAUAAGCAAAGAAAAUUAAGAGAAAAUGUAACUAUGUUGAAAAAAUUGUUCCCUAAAGGAGCCGUAAAAGGAAUUGUAUAUGAUUUAGUUCGUCCAGCUCAGUAUAAAUACGAGGCAGCUCUUCUGACUAUUUUGGGCCGAAACUUUGACGCUAUUAUUGUUGAAACAACGUCAAUUGCCUAUAAGUGUAUUGAAAUAUUGAAGGAAAGAAGAAGCGGCGUUUGCACAUUCAUCCCUUUAGAUUCUGUUGUUAAUGAUUCACUUAAUUUAAAUUACUUGAGAUCAGUUCACCCAUCAGCACAACCAGGUAUUGAUAUUUUAGAGUAUGAUGACUCAUCUUUAGAACAAGCUAUACAGUAUGUUACUGGUGACACAUUGGUAGUUGAUAAUAUUGAAGUAGCUAGAAGCAUAAAGUGGGGAUCAGGGAAACAUUUGGAUAACAAGAUGGUUACUUUAGAUGGAUCAGUCAUUCAUAAGUCGGGUUUGAUGACUGGUGGCCAGCAGCAUCAAACAUCUAACAAGAUUCUAUCAUGGGAUCAGAAUGAGUGGAAUAGCCUCAGUAACAUUAAAGACGACUUAACUGAAAGAUUAACGAAACUUAGUGAAGAGAAACCAAAGGAACUUGAAAUUAAUAUGGUUAGUGAUGAGAUAAGUCAUCUUGACGAUAAACUUCCAUUAUUAAGGACCCAAAAGGCUAAUAUUGAAAGGGUUAUAGAAGACAGAAGCACUGAGAUUAACUUCCAACUAGGCCUCAUUAAAGAAUUUGAGGCAAGUAUACAAAAUAAGGCUGAAAUAUUGAAAACUAAUAAUGAAAAGAUAGAAGCCCUUGAAUUAAAAGUUAAGGAAUUACAAGAAACCGUGUAUCAUGACUUUUGCGAAAGACAUGGCUAUGAAAAUGGUAUUGAAGAUUAUGAAAAUUUACAUGGGUCUACUCUUAGAAUUAGAGCAAAGGAAAGAACUCAAUUUUUAAAGGCUAUCGAUACCUUAUCUAAUAAAUUAAAUUUUGAAAAGGAGAAAUUAGCCGAAACAGAAAGCAGAGAGACUGCGAUGAAACAACAGCUAAAGGAAUUGGAAGAGAAUAUUGAAGAAGUAAUGUCUGAAAAAGAAACUUUUGAAGAUAGAAUAGACAACUUCGAAGCUGAAUUACAAGUUCUUCAGACAGAGAAAAAUGACCUUGAGACUGAGUUAAAUUCCAUGCUUAAAGUUUCAAGAUCAUUAGAAAGUAAUGUUAAUGAAUUUAAUAAUGAAUUAUCAAAUUUGAAUAAGCAAAUUGCAGGUAUGGAAGAAUCUAUAUUAAAAGUGGAUAUAGAGAGAGUCAACAUUUUGAAAAAUUGUAAGAUUGAAUCUAUUAAUUUGCCAUUGAAGGAUGGGAUUUUGGAUUCGAUCUCAAUUAGUGAAAAUGCUGAUCUGCUUAUAAAAGAUAUUUACGAGAUUGAGGUUGAUUAUUCAUUGUUGAGUGAAAAGCUCAAGGAAUCUUUUAAUUCGAAGAUUGAAGCUGAAUUAAAAGCUAGAUUAGAGCAAAUUAUCGAAGAUAUAGAACAGUUAACGCCUAAUGCAAAAGCUGUUCAAAGACUCAAAGAAGUUGAAACGAAAUUGAAAAGCUUUGAUAAAGAUUUUACCAAAGCCAGACAACAAGAAAACAAGAUAGUAGAGAAAUUCAAUGCCAUUAAAGAGAAAAGAUACGAAUUGUUUUCAGAGGCAUUUAGCCACAUAUCGGGUCAAAUUGACUUCAUCUACAAAGAAUUGACUAAGUCAUCUACCUCACCGCUUGGUGGAUCUGCCUACUUGACUUUAGAAGAUGAAGAAGAGCCUUAUAAUGCUGGUAUAAAGUAUCAUGCUAUGCCACCUAUGAAACGUUUUAGAGAUAUGGAUUUAUUAUCGGGUGGUGAAAAAACUAUAGCAGCCCUUGCAUUGUUGUUUGCAAUUCACUCCUUCCAGCCUUCUCCUUUCUUUGUUCUAGAUGAAGUGGAUGCUGCUCUUGAUAACUCUAAUGUCAAUAAGAUUGCUAAUUACAUCAAAAAGUAUGCUGGCCCUAACUUCCAAUUCAUUGUUAUUUCUUUGAAGAGUUCCUUGUUUGAAAGGUCCGAUGCUCUAGUUGGUAUAUAUAGGGAACAAAGAGAAAAUAGCUCUAAAACAGUUACAUUAGAUUUGAGAGAUUAUUCUGAAGAGGAAGUACCUAUUGCAAAUCCUAGUGUCUCAGUUGCUUAA